AUGGACCCUUUCAUCGCUCGCGAGCUCGAAAAGCUCGACCCCGCUGUUCCUUUCCACGCAACCACCGACCAUCUGCAUCACACCUGGGCCAAGACCUUCUUCUCUCGACCCGAGCUCUACAUCCGCCCACGAUCGAUCGAGGAGGUUCAGCAGCUGGUGACCCUUGCACGCCGAUGCCGCCGCCGCCUGGUCACCGUCGGCAGUGGCCACUCGCCCUCCGAUUUGACGUGUACCUCCGCCUGGCUUGUCAAUCUUGAUGAUUUCAAUCGCAUCCUCCAUGUGGACACGGACACGGGCUUGGUGACCGUUCAGGCUGGCAUUCGUCUGUAUCAGCUUGGCCCACAGCUCGAGGAGCAGGGCCUGACCCUCGACAACCUCGGGAGCAUUGACAGCCAGUCCAUUGCCGGUGUCAUUGCCACCGGAACCCAUGGCAGCUCCCUUCGCCACGGUCUGCUCUCUGAAUGUAUCGAGGGCCUGAGCUUGGUGCUGGCCAACGGUGAACUCGUACGCUGCAGCGCGACGGACAACCCAGACCUCUUCCGCGCUGCGCUCGUGUCCCUGGGUGCGCUUGGGAUUGUGGUGGAGGUUACCUUCAAGGCUCGGCGUGCCUUUAAUGUUGCGUGGCGCCAGGAGCGAUACUCUCUCUCCAAGGUCUUGAGCGAGUGGUCGACCGGCCUGUGGACUUCGCACGAAUUCGUCCGGGUGUGGUGGAUGCCCUACGAGAAGGGGGCGAUUGUCUGGCAUGCUGACCCGACCGACAAGCCGCUCCAGGCUCCCAAGAACUUUUACGGCGGAUCACUCGGAUACCACAUCUACCACAACCUCCUGGCGCUGGCUCAAUAUGUGCCCCGUAUUCUGCCCUGGGUGGAAUGGUUUGUCUUUGGUAUGCAGUACGGGUUCCGUCCCGGUGCGGUCGUGACCGAAGCCGUUCAGCCGUCUCGCCAGGGACUGCUGAUGAACUGUCUUUACUCGCAAUUCGUGAAUGAAUGGGCACUACCCCUCGAAAGAGGCCCCGAGGCAAUCACCCGUCUUUCGGCCUGGUUGCACGGUGACCUGGAAACCGCUCGCAUUCCUUUCUCUCCCAAGGGCUUGUGGGUGCACUGCCCGAUUGAAGUCCGCGUCUCAGACUCGACCGUCAGUCCCAAGCCACGCCCUUUCCUGGACCCCACCUGCCGUGAUGGACCAACUCUCUACCUGAAUGCGACCCUGUACCGGCCAUACCUUCGUGACCCUCCGUGCUGGAAACGGUACUAUGAAGCCUUUGAAUGGCUCAUGCGCGACCUGGGAGCUCGGCCACACUGGGCGAAGAACUUCACCACCUUGGAUUCCACCGAACUGCAACGUCUCUACAAGGAGGACAUGGACCAGUGGUUGAAGGUGCGCGGGGAGGUUGACCCGCAAGGCAUGUUCCUCGGUGAAUGGCACUGUCGCAACUUGCCCGUGGUCGCGCCCCUGGCCGAGGAGGCAGAGCUUCCCCUGGUGGAACGCGAGCGCGAACGCCGUCCGCUCGGCGCUCGCAAUGCAGGCGACGGAGUCGAGUGGAUGGGUGAUCGUCGUUGGCAACAUGCACCUCUCUCGGAGAUUGAAAACAGUCAAAAGGACAAGGCGGACGAACUGCCCGCUGAUCGCUCCUCAUCGCCCAGUCCCCCCACCACCGAAGGCAGCGAUGAAAGUUACGAAGUACUCUCUAAAGGAGAGGCCAGCAUUCUCGUCCACGGCGCAUGA